UAUUCGGAAAGAUAGGAAAGCAAGGCUAGAGUUCUGUUUGGAAAUAUGGAUAAAGUAAACCUCGAAUUCUAACGUCCUGUUUGGGUUAAACCGUGGAUUGACUUUCCCGCGGUUUAUAGUUAUUCUUUUUCCCUUCAAAUUGGGACUACGAGUUACGACCCAGAAACCAUCGAUCAUGGAAGCAUGGGUACCGCUCUUAAACAUUUUCCUCAACUCUCCGGUACCGGAAUCGGAAGCUUCACGGUGGUUACACCAAUCUUUUAGUGCCUCAUCAGCGGCGACCGCUCCAAUUACCACAGCCUCAUUCGUCUCUUUGCUAAUGAAACCCUUAGACGCCAUUGUUGUGGACGAUUCUUCUUCUUCUUCCACGAGAAGGGUCAUGUAUGUACAGACUCUACCAAACAUGGUUCAGACUAGAAUUUUCUCAUUUCUAGCUGUGGAACAUCAGCGAUUUUGCCGGCGGGAUUUGUGUAAUAUGGCUCGAAUUGUAUUGAGUGACAAUCAAGAGCUUGAUUUUUGGGUUGAGAAAGCUGCCCACCACCUGCUCGAUGCGGUGUCUGAGUUGAAUUUCGAGUGGAUUUCGUCCCUAAGCUUGGAUUCUGGGGAUGAGAGCACGGGAGAGGAGUUUGAGUCCUUGCCGGGUUGGCUCAAGGAUGCAGCUGGUAGUGGUGAAUUGCUUCCCUGGCUUCCUAUAUCUCCUGAAGAUUUGAACUCGAGGACAUUGUGUGGAGAUUCUGGUAAAAACAACGAUACUUUGGAUCAAGUAGCUGAGGAUGUAGAACAAUUUAUGGAUGACGUUGUUGAAAAAGUUGAGAUUGAUGACUCCCAGUGUAAGAAUGAUUCUGUUGGGCCUGAAAUUCACAAUAAGGCACUUAGUCUGAAAGCUCAGAUUAUGAACUUUGAAUCAACUACAAAAGUUGUAGGCCUAGCGAAUGAAAUUCGCAAACUUUGCUUUGUUAAAAAAGGAGGUUCUUCACUAGUUUUGGAGCUGAUCGAACCCUGGCUGGCGGACAAUGAAACUGCUUCUGUUUUGCUUUCUCAACUUUCGUACGGAAGUGAAGAAGAGCUAACUUGGCCAAGCCAGGUUCUCUGCUCCAUCAUCCUUCCCAAGUUUUUGGUUCUUAAAGAACCAGCUCCUCGUGUCCUAGUGGCUGCAACUUUAGAAUAUUGCAAGCUCCAUCAGAAAACCGCUGUUUAUGCUCUCUUGCUUCCUCUGAUUCUCAACAAAAAUGGCAUCAACAAUCCUAUAUGCGAUGUCAUCACUAGGGUCAUCAAGGAAUGCUUGCACCGAGCUCAUGUUUCUGCUUUCUGUCAGAAGCUGCUCUGUGGUGGAAAAGAUGAGAGAGGAGUCAUCUGCCUUCCUUGCCACCAGCAUCUCAUAUCCGACGAAAUGGUAUGGACAGAAUCAUUGUUUAACCUGUUCCAGAGCAUUUUAAACCAUAAUGUAUGUUUAACUCAGGAUUCUGUUGAUCGUAUUCUUUAUCAAGUUCAUCAUUUAGCUGAGAAGUUUUCCAAAUCUUUGAAAUUUGGAAACUUUUUAUUAUGUUUAGUCACCAAAUGUUCUCCACUAUUGAAGUCACACAAAAGCCUUUUGACUGAAGCGGUUGAGAAAACCAAUACCCUUUUGACAAAAUCUAUAUUAUCUAAAUUGGCAAUCAUGUAGCACUAGUUAAAACUUUUUUUUAGUUCCUGAGCUUCGGUCAAUUGGAAAAUAUGCACUUUACCUCAUUUUUACUCUUCAUUCAAAUGCUACUUUUAAGAAGAUUUUAGUUCUGGA